GUUUUGAAACCUGCCCGAGCCAAAGCUAAAACCAAAACCCCCCCAAAAACCAAAAACAAAAAAUAAAAAUAAAAAAAUUUAAAAAUGGAGAAAUAUUUCUCUGUAAAUCACGAGAACCUCUUCGUACGUAUCCAUUCUCCAGAUCGCCAUUUCCACAAGCCCUAGGUUUUUCCAUCCCAAAAUCCACAUUCCAAAUUCUCAUUGUUCGGAUCGAUCCAGAUUCCGUACGUUCAAUUCCAUUUGAAUUUCGAUUUGGAUUUUUCCAAUCUGAUCGAAUAUUCGAUGCUGUAGCAUUCACUUUCGCUUGAAUCCGUUAUUGUAGGGACCAGAUCGGAGACGAGGGAGCUGUGUUAUUCGGUUUCGCUGCCGAGGACAAUUGGUUGUUAAAAUCCUGUUUUUGGUUGGAGAUCGUCAGUGGAUCUGCAUUGCGUUGAUUUUGGCGGUAAUUUGGAGAUUUUGAUGUUUGUGAGAUAUUGGAGAUCUUGAGAGGACGUGGUGAUUUUCGAGAGUCAUUUUGCGAGAUGUCUUCGUUGGCUGGAAUCAGCGAGGAGCUGGCGGAGAUCGAUGGACAAAUUAGUGACAUUUUCCGCGCGUUAUCUAAUGGGUUCCAGAAGUUGGAGAAGAUCAAAGACACGAGUAGGCAGAGCAGGCAGCUGGAAGAGCUUACGGGGAAGAUGAGAGAGUGUAAGAGGCUCAUUAAAGAAUUUGAUAGAGAAGUUAAGGAUUUGGAGAUUAGAAAUGAUCCAGAAACCAACAAGAUGCUGAAUGAGAAAAAGCAAUCAAUGAUAAAAGAGUUGAAUUCGUAUGUUGCUCUUAAAAAGCAAUAUGCAACCAAUCUUGAAAACAAGCGAAUUGAUCUCUUUGAUGCGCCUGCUGAUGACGUUGGAGAAGAAAAUGUUUUGCUAGCUUCAUCUAUGACAAAUCAACAGCUAAUGGAUAAUGGAAAUCGGAUGAUGGAUGAGACUGAUCAAGUCAUUGAGAGAUCAAAAAAGGUUGUUCAAGAUACAGUUAAUGUUGGAACAGAAACUGCAGCAGCUCUCAAGUCGCAGACUGAACAAAUGAGCAGGAUUGUUAACGAGCUAGAUUCUAUCCAUUUCUCAAUCAAGAAAGCUUCACAGCUGGUCAAGGAAAUUGGUAGGCAGGUUGCCACUGAUCGGUGUAUUAUGGCCUUGCUCUUCAUUCUAGUCAUUGGGGUCAUAGCCGUCAUUAUUGUGAAGGUUGGAUAUCUGUUCACCUCUACAUUUCUUUUCAUUUCCUUUCUUUUUCUUCCUGUUACUUCCGAUGAUUUUGUAAGGGUCUCAAUUUUGUUUUUGUCAUUUGCAUAUCCUGAAACAGUUGGAAGUCAAGCAUUGGUAUUACUAGGUACUGGGCAAUUUAUUUUAGUAUAUCUAUUGGGUGCAGUGGUGGAAAAUGUUGACCUUGUUUGUCAACCAGUCCAGUAACUUUACAGGCCACAUGGGAUUUGACAUCGGGUUCAUCAUCUAAACCCAAUGGGUUAUUGUCUUAAGACUUAAAAUUUAUUUGAAUGCAAUCAUAACUUUUUUUUUGUGUGAAAUUAUAUCCCCACCCACCUCAUUUUUAUCUCUUUUUUGAAAUUCAGAAUUUAAUGUAAAAGGCAAAAAUACCCUCAUCUUCUUCACCCACCAUACCUGGCCAAAACCCUAUCCUUAAUUCCUCCCCCUUCUCCUUACCUUCUCCUUUCCUUCUCCUCCUUCAUCUUCAUUUUUAUUUUUUAUUUUUUAUUUUUUAUUUUUUAGUUUUAUUUAUUAUUUUGUACUUUUGAAAAAAAGAAGGAAAAAGGGGGAGGAUCACUGCAUGGCCAUGACAUGCACCUGUAAAGCAGUCAGGACCUGCAAUGAAGAGGAAGGGAAAAGAAAGCAUAGGGAAAAGGCUGAGGGAGGGGGAAGGAGAGUUAGGGUUUAAAGGUGGGUCUGGUGGGUGAUGAAGAUGAAAACUUUUUACGUUUUCACAUCAAAUAUGCUAUUAUAAAAUAAAAAAUAAAAAUGAGGCAACUGAAGAGAUAGCAUUGAUGGGUGGGGAUAUGACCACCCCUUUUGUCCCUUGCUUUAAAAGUUUUUACUUCAAAUAUUUUAUGACUUUUUAAAUUAUUACUUAUAUUUUACCCAUAUUUUCUUACAUAUUAUCUUACUAAGUAUAUGAAAAUAGUUUGAAUAGUGGGAAUAAAUACUUUAAACUGAUUUGAUUCAAAUGAAGGCUUUCUGACUGGUUUAUGUUCCAUCACGGCUGUAGUUUCUUAUGGAGGUGCUCUGCUUGCUUAGCUUUGAUACCAUAUAGAGUUGUACUUUGGAAAUUGCUUGAACAUUUGUUGUUUAUCAAUGGUUCGGAUUUGUUUCAGACCUGGCCAACUCAUCCUAGAGUUGGGCUCAGCCUCCUUAUAGGAACCCAAGCCUGAGACCUACCCACCAAACCUUCCCCCUUUAUAUGAAAAUGCCUAGCUAGCUUCAGAGUAACCGUCAAGGCUGGUCUCAUUGUCCUACCCUUUUAACCCCCCUAGUUGUAUUGCUUUUACAGUUAUAUUUCCAGAAGAAAUCUAUAUUAUAUUACUUUCUCAUUCUGAUAAUGAUCAGUCACUUUUGCUUAAACCACAUCUAUUGAAUUUUUUCUCCUUGCACCAUUCCUCCAUUGAGUUAAAUAGUACUGGUUUUAAUCUUUUGAUCACUGUCAUUCUCUAAUCUGCUUGAUUCUCUCCCUCAUGAUUCUACAGUAUUUUGGAUGACUUUGCAUGAUGUAGAGUAUAUCUACAUUGUUUGGCACUUCAACUUAGCCUCUAAAUGGUUCCUGCAGUUAACAUUCAUGGAGCAGUAUAGCACCUUUAAAUUUGUCUUAAUACUGUAUAGAGAACUGGUUCACAAUCAUCAAGUGGAUCAUAUUUUUAUUACUUUCAACCUUAGUAACCAUUAAAAAACAUGUCCCUUUCCAGAAAAACCAUGAAGCACUCAUGUCAACAUCAUCUCUAACUGCAUUUUAUUAAUGUUUGCUUAUCACUUACUUCAACUUAUUAUUACUCAGCUUGUGAACCCAAAUAACAAGGACAUUCGGGAUGUUCCUGGAUUGGCCCCACCAGCUCUCACUCGGAAAUUACUUUGGCAUCCUAAUUAAAUCUGGCAGUGAAUUUCCUCAAGAUUUUAUCAGACACGAUUUGAUUGGGUGUAAAAUUAGCUGAGAUUUUGACGCUGUUGGCAUCACUUGGUAUAGUGAAAAACCCAAUCUGGUUUAAAAGGGUGGAUUCUUUCGACACAGGAAACUUGCUGGAGUCGCUAUAUGAUUAAUCAGCUUUUCAAAAUGCCAGUCUCUUAAACUGCUGUUGUGGCUUGUUCAGUAGCUUCAAUCAGAUAAGGUUUUGUAUGUGAUUUGUUUAUUCUCCACGGAUUACGAUUAAGAAAAUUGCCACUAUUUAGGUGAGGGAAUUCUGAGCGUAAAUACUUGAAACCAAGAUGUUCAUACUCCACUGUAUAAUCACAAUGGUGUGUUUAUUUUUAUUUUUUAGAUUUUGUUUUUCACCA